AUGUUCCGCACCCUGAUGACAACUCCCGAAGUUCUUAGGUAGGUCCAAAUAUCAGUUUUUGUCAAGUGUAAUGCCCAUCUCUUCAGUUAUCUGUUAGCAUUAUGUUCCCAGACACUGUUGUGUGUGUUGGGAACGGUGCUGAACAUCGUAUGUCUGUUCGCCUUUAUGACCGCCUUCACUCACGCGUACUAUCGGAAGACAUCUCUUUUGAUAUAUCUGGUAGCUCUCAGCAUCUGCAAUACCUUGCAGUUGACGCUUUCCGUAUUUGUCAUCAUACUGCCGGCCACAGAACAGGUAAUUAAUUAUAAACUUUAUAGUUAUAACCACCACUUUUGUGACGGUUAAAAAAUCAAUGGCGAUUGAUUUCAGUUUAUGGAUGACCAACAAUAUCCUUAUGAAUACGAACUGCUAAGAUCGUUCAAUAACAGAACCCUUUCUAUUACAUAUCCCUUGCUAAUGUCUGCAAAUUAUGCUUCGAUUUGGAUAUUGACGUUGAUCUGUGCCCAAAGAUACCAAUCGAUUUGUCAUCCCAGUUCCCCAUGGAAGCGAAGACUGAGUAUCUUUAGGAACAGUAAUCUUUGUGUGGGUGUGGCUGUGAUUCUCUCGUUAGGUAAGUAGCGUAUCUGCCCAAUGGCGACCUUAGACUCGUUGUUUAGUAUGCAACCUGCCUCGUUAUUGGGAAUUACACGGAAUCCGUGACUAUCUUCUAUACAAGAUCAUCCAGGAGGGAAUCAUCUACGGUUUUGUUGUAUACGGCGCCCCCAUGACUUUGCUCAUUUGGCUCAACUACAACACCAUAAGGAUUGUCAGACAUCAUGAUGUACGUAUAACUCCGAUGACUCGUGCUUUAACAUAUCUUUUCAGGAUAUUCCCCUUCGCCCAUCAGCUGAACACCGGACCGCAUUGAUGACCAGUUCCGUGUUUAUUUUGUUCUUUCUGUGUACAACUUUGUCUGCUUCCCUCAGACUGAUAAUGUGAGAGACGCCCCCAGGGCAUGCCAUUUUAUUAUGACGUUGUUUUAAUUAAAUUACUCUUGUCUGUUUCAGAAUUGUCACGGAACAUUCGCUGAAGCAUCUGGACGAUAUUUGGUUGGUGGAUUUGAGCAAUCUGCUGAUGAAUGCGAAUGCCAUCACCAUGCCCGUGGUCUGUUUCAUCUUCACUCGGGGCUUCAGGGAUCUCUUCUUUGUGAUCAGAUAUCCGGCCACAGGAGCGUCGUGUCCUCGUCGCUUCUUGUCAUCCAGUCUUCGGAAGAAAUCGAGUCAAUUCUUGCAGCCACUGACUUAA